AGAAAAGAGAAAUGAGCAACUUUACAGAAAACAACCCGUUCUCACUUGAUAAGCUUCGAUCAACUCUCAUUCGGCUCGAGGAUACCAUUAUUUUUGCCCUCAUUGAAAGAGCACAAUUUGCCUUGAACAAUUGCAUUUACACCAAGGGCGCUCUCGAGUUUAACGGUGCAACUGGAGACCGUAGUUUUCUCGAGUACUUUUUGUGGGAAACCGAAAAAGUUCACGCCAAAGUACGACGCUACACCAGUCCUGAUGAAUAUGCUUUUACUUCUCCUCUUCCCGAACCUAUUUUGCCUGUAUUGAAGUUUAAAGAAUUUCUUGCUCCGAAUGAUAUCAAUGUGAAUGGCAGUAUCAUGGAUAUCUAUGUCAAAAGUAUUGUACCUGUCAUCUGCCAAGACCGCGAUGAUAACAACUACGGAAGCUCUGCAACAAAAGACAUCGAGUGUCUCCAGGCCCUUAGCCGUCGUAUUCAUUAUGGAAAAUUUAUCGCAGAAUCGAAAUUCCGUUCAAGCUCGGAGGAAUACAUCAAGCUUGCACUAGCUAAUGACAGGAAUGGUAUUUACGAGUUAUUGACCAACAGACAAGUCGAAGAGAAAUUGCUUGAGCGCCUGCGCCGUAAGGCUCUGGUGUACGGACAAACCUUCGACCAGGAAAAAGAGGGCCAGAAUUCCCAUUUACGUGUACCUGUUAAUGUGGUCGUUGAGUUGUAUGAGCGGUGGGUCAUACCUCUUACUAAAGAAGUGGAAGUGGAUUAUUUAAUCGAGCGUGGUCAAAAGGCAGCAGAGGGUCAACAAAAACAAGACUCUUAGUUCAAAUAAAGAUUGUAUAGCUUUUGUUUUCUUGU